AUGAUAUCGCCAGAGGCUGAAGUAGAGUUCGCCGUGCGCUUGAUAGGUGACGCAAGGGAGCACAUGGUAUGCCUGUUGGGCAGCGCAGCGGAGAUUGGUGCUUGGGUCGCCGAGAAGGCUGUUCCCAUGGAGCUGGUCGAGCGCCAAGACAACGAGAGUAAGUGGCGCGCGACGAUCGAAUUCUCGCCAGCCACCAAUACGCUCGAGUAUAAAUACGUGGUGAAGGACGAGCGGACACGCGAACUAGUUUCGUGGGAGGGACUCCCAGGCAACCGGACGCUUACGAUUGCCCCCGGCACCAACGUCGCGCUAGGGGCUUCUUCAAGUCAGAGCUCGACCUACACGACGCCACGAGUGCCGACGCCGGGACCACGCGACGCCAAGCUGGGCAAUAAUGGCAAUACUAACGGCUUUGAGGAGUGGCGCUGUUGCCGCACUAAUAAGGAAAGCAACCCGUGGUGGGAAGUAGAUUUGGGACAAGAGUACGCCAUCUCCAGCAUCCAUUUGUGGAAUGCGAUGACGUAUCACGAGCAGGCGAGACGCCCAGAGGGCCGUCCACCACUUACGUCAAAGGCGUCGACAUCGUCUCCAGAACCUCCACUGUGGGUGUUUAUAUCAAAGGAACAACUAGGCUGUGAAAAUGCUUCCUAUAACGAAGCACAGGACAAGGCGACAGCAGAUUCUUCCUCUGUCCGUGCUAUUCAGGUGCCAAGUUUGUAUGACAGUCGUGUACGAUCGCUGAACUUUGCUGUUAACGCUUCCUCUCUUUCGGGAGCACCAGCGUUCUCUUCUGUUAAGGGGCGCUACGUAAGACUGCAGUGUGCUGGCGCCUUGUGUGCCCUGCAAUUUGCGGAGCUCGAAGUCUUCACACAAGAUGCUGCGGUUCCAGUAGUGAAUAGUAAAGAGACCCAACAGACGAGCACACUAUGCCACACACAGGACGAUGGAUUUUUCGGUGUUGCAAAGGCGCUGGACUCGGACAUGCGUGACUUCGAUUCGACCACGCCAGCCAUUCAGUGGUUGAGUGGAGAACAGAAGCACAGUCGCGUGGCAAUUGAAAUGCGCCAUGAAAAACAGAAGAAGGGAACCAACGAGGCAAAACUGCAGGACGGCAACAGUCAGGUUAAAGAAAUGCAGCCAGUAAGCACGUGGGAGCCACUUCCGGUAGAGUCCAAGAGUGCAGCCCUGCUCGACAAGGAGUCGACGGAGAUGAAUCAGCUUUUGGAAACACAUCAGCAACUGGCUGGGGCUGACAUUUCUGCAUACUUGAACAACGCGACGUCUUCAACGGCAGCUCCAUCAAACCUGUCUUGGGUUUUGAGAUUGGCGUUUGCUCAGUCGCUCGAGGCAUCCAACGUGGAAAUUUUGGGGAAUGCGAUUGCCACGCGGAAGUACAAGAACGCUUCAAUUCGCGACGAUUAUAUCCGCAGCCGACGCAAGGCUGCGUCGUUGCGCAAAGACAGGAAGUUGCAUUACACAGACGACACGCAUGCCCAAGUGUUCCGCGUCAAAAUACCUGUGGCCACCGUGGACGGGAGCGGAAAUUACACUGACGGACUCAGUCACCGCUGGACGUUUGAUGUCUACGACUGCCAGAAGGAUGCGAAGUCUGGGGCCUUCGCUAGAAACGAGCUAUUGGGCUCUGCUUAUCUUCUUCCGUCGCAAAUCGGCAAGCAGGGAGAAGCGGACCUGGCGGUUCCGAUCCUUUCUUCGAACAAGGGUAUCGUUGGUCAGCUCUCCCUGUCAUGCCUGGCUUUGACUCCUUUCGUCCACCCCAAGAAUAACAUUGCCAAUGUGUGGCGCUCCUACUGGCGUGAACGACCUCCACUUACAAUCGGGCAUCGGGGCAUGGGGCGGUCAUACUACCAGGUUGAGGGACACCGUCUUGCGCUGACACGAGAAAAUACUCUGGCCUCGCUCAUUAUGGCUGGACGGAGCGGUGCUGAAUUCGUGGAGUUUGACGUGCAACUGACUAAAGACCGGGUGCCCGUGAUCUAUCACGACUUUAUGGUGAACGUUGGUUUGGAAGACAAGAGCGCAGAAUCGCAUGGUACCAGACACGAGAAGUACGAGAUCGGUAUCCAUGACAUGACCUUCCGCCAGCUAACGCAAUCCUAUACGACUCCCGUGCCACACGAGGGAACUAAGACUCAACUUUUGCAGAACCGAGUGAAGAAGCACUGGGCACGUCUGCAAGGGGACAAGCAGGUCCCCUCCCCACGACGGGGACGCCUCGCCAGCGAUGACAACACUAACGAAGAGCAUCAUCUGGUGGAUUUCUUUCCUCGGCUUGAAGAUUUACUCAAGCACGUACCCGCGGAGGUGGGUCUAAAUAUUGAGGUCAAGUUCCCAGACGACUUCUUUCGACCGGGGAUGCGGAGUCUGAGCUGCUUCGCUAUCAAUGCGUAUGUAGACAGACUCCUUCAGUGCGUAUUCGACUUCGCUGGCUCGCGUCGCAUUUUCUUCUCAUGCUUCGACCCGAAUGUCUGCAUCGUACUCCGUGCGAAACAGGCCAAGUACCCCGUGUUGUUUCUGACCUAUGGCUCUAUGGCACCACACGCUUUUGAUGCGCGAAUGACGCUUCAAUUCGCCACCAAUUUUGCAAAAAUGGAGAAGCUGCAGGGCAUUGUAUCCAACUCUAACUCGUUCCUCGAGACGCCGGAGCUAGCCUCGCUCGUGAAAAGGUACCUGGGCACUGUACUGAUUACGUGGGGUGACCAAAACACGAAGCACGAGAUGGUUCAACUACAGAAGCGUCAUGCGAUCGACGGCGUUAUCAGCGAUAACGUCAUCGAUCUCAUCAAUCAGGAUAAAAGGCUGCUUGCGCAGACCAAGGGUGAUAUUUUAGAGCGGCCGUGA